AUGAAAAGAGCCACACAAGAUGACAUCACCACCCCGCAAGACUUUCCAACAAAGAAAACCAAGAAACAUGACGACCUGAUCAGCAAAGAGGUGAACCCAAUGCCAACCCUGUUUUGGCUUUCGUUUCAUGAAAUGAUUCCAGACGAAGUGUUGGCCUUGAUUUUUAAAUACAUUUCCGAUGUUUCGAGUUUUUCAAAUCUAAUGUAUGUGAAUAAGCGUUUCCAUCGAGUGCUGUUCUCUGUGGAGAUGAAUUGUUUUGAAUAUAUUGAUUUUGAGUUUACAGAUGCCCUGAAAAUGCCAAAUUUUGACCUUGUAAGGAGCUGCAUUAUUAAUGCGUUUGAUGAGGUGGACGAUGAAGCGGAUGAUAAUGAUGAUAAUAACAUUGAUGAUGAGAAACUGAAUAAGGCUGAAAUUGAGCACAUUUGUUACAACAAUUAUCUUUGUAAAGAAUUGUUGAAAGUGUUUGUGGAGGAAUUUCCAAAUCUCAAAACAUUAGAGGUGGCUGAUUAUUCGGAUUCGGAGAAAAUUUCUUCAUCCAGUGAUUCCGUAACAACCUUCAAAUUGAAUGAAGUAGAUGGUUAUGCGACAUAUGGAUAUAGUGAGCCAAGUAAUGUAUUUAAUUUGUUGAAAGAUCAGCUGAUGCACUCUCUUCCCAACUUGCAGUACAUUGAAUUUCAACCAGCCGUGUAUCAUGUGGACAUUACUCAACUUUUUUGGCUAUUAACAAAGCCGGUUUUCUGCUCUUUGAAGAAACUUAAAAUUCAUGUUACAGUUUUCGAUGGUGAUGACAAUGACCCAAUUAACGCAAAAGCAUGGAGGAAGUUUUACGAAAUGAAGAGUCUUCCCAAGUUGGAACUUACAUGCGAAUUUACUCACAUGGCAAUUCUAUUACAAGCUCUUUUUGGACAAAAAGUUGAAUGUAUUCAGGUUCAUGUUAUUUCAGCCCAUUGUGGAUCCUCCUUUUCAACAAUGAAAGAUUUGAUAUGGAACAUUUUUGCUGACAAGCAAUGCCGAAAUGAAAUUUUGAAAUUAACAGAGCAAGGCUAUGACAAGUAUAAAGCUCUAAUAUCCUAUCACAGCGAUUAUGACAUUUCAGAAGAGAAUGACAAUCGUUGUGAUUCUAAGAGUUCAGAAGAGCAUGACGACGAGUGA